CAAAGCCAAAACAGCUCGUUCGGCACAAUGACCUGAUGGAUGGGGAAAAGAAUGAAUGCCUGGCGGUAUUGUUUUGUAAUUUAUAUUCUCACAGGAUCUAAUCUUUGUGAAUUAAGCAAAUGUACACGGAAUCCUGACCACACUGAGGAGAUCUGUAACGGUGGAGGUUUUUUCCAUUGCAACGAAAGCUGUCGCGAGAGGCGUGGAGAAUCAGAUGUCAAUGUACCUGUAACACCAAAUCCAGCCAGGUCUGCUUGGCUCAUUGAGACAGAUGAACCCAAAAAUAAGCGAUCCGUGACACUGAGCAUAAACAAUUUUUCAGGGCCUUGUGGUGAUGUGAGGUUGUAUAUUUAUAAUGGAACCUCAUUAAAGUCACCACUUAUUGCCAUAUUCAGUGACCUGUUCACAGCAGGGACCAGAGAAAAGCCUAGCCCACUUCUUCAACUGAGAGCAACAUCUGGAUCAGCACUUGUUGUUCUCAGAGUAAGCAAUGACAAGAUAAACCAUUGUUGGUUUGGCAUUAAGUACAGUUUUGAAGAGAAGUGCUCCAUAGAGUGUGGCAGGCAUGGUUUAUGUUCAAAAAAGAUGUGUGACUGCAGUGCUGGGUGGACGUCCACAAACUGCAGCUUACCAACUUGUCCAGUUACAUGUAAUAAUGACUCUUGUGAUGUCAAAACCAGGAAGUGUAACUGUGCCCGUGGAUAUUCAGGGGAAUCAUGUAAUAUCACGGAUAAUAGGAAUUUUUGGAGCUCACCAGUGGCAAAUAACCAAGAUGCUUUAGUUGGUGUUUCUUCCCAUGCUAUGGCUGUGGUUGGAAAUUAUUUAUGGAUGUUUGGUGGAUUUUCAUUAACAAAAGGACCCCUGGAUACAUUAACAAGAUACAGUAUAAAAGAAAAUAAGUGGGAAAUUAUUCAAGUUUCAACUGAGAAACAUCAAGGACCAUCAGCAAGAUUUGGACAUUCAUUAGUGGCACAUGAUAAUUACCUCAUCUUGUUUGGUGGAACUUGCAAGAAAGGAGCUGUUUCUAAUGAGACCUGGAUAUUAAACAUUACAUCAAGACAGUGGACACUGUUAAGAGGUUCAGGCAAUAAACCAGUGGGCGUGUCAGGACAUACAGCCACUGUUGUUGAAAAUGACAUGAUUGUCUUGUUUGGAUUUAAUCCUGAGCAAGGUGUUACAAAUUUGAUCCAGGUAUUUGGGCUUGUGGACAGAGUGUGGAGAUCAAGUAAAGCAGACUCAUCUAACAUCAGACCCACCUAUGGUCACAGCAGUGUACUUCACCCAGGUACAGGACGUAUCUAUGUACACGGGGGAUACAGAAUGCUUAACAGCUCCUGCUAUAGAGCAUCCAGUGAAACGUUCUAUUAUGAGCCCAGGGCCGAAAAAUGGCACCAGCUGCAUAGUAGUGAUAAACCAAGGUUUCUUCAUUCAGCGGUUAUUGUUGAUAAUGCAAUGAUUGUUUUUGGUGGCAGAGGAGAGAAAGAAUUGGUAUCACGCCACCUGAUGGUGUUUGACAUCAAUGAAACGAACUGGAAAAUCCCAACCAGUACUAAUGUACCAAAGACUGUAUCUCGAUAUGGACACUCAGCCGUAGUUGUUGACAGCAUCAUGUAUGCCUUUGGCGGAUUUGGAGGACGUAUGUUUAACUCUUUCCUUCAGUAUUCCCUUGGAGACUGUAUGUCACAUGGAUCUUCACUUAGCUGCUUUGAAGCAGCCCCUUCCCCCAGUGAUCUUUCAAAACAGCUUAUUCCGUCGGAUACAUGUUCGUCCCAUAACCCUAACAGCGACCAGUGUCAUCUGCGGCAGACAUGCGCAGACUGCCUCAGAGGAGAUUCCAGUGACAGCUGCAUAUGGUGUGAAACUCUAAACCAGUGUAUGUCGAAAGUCACCUACCAUGUCACGCUCCCUUAUCAGCAGUGCGUGCAGCAACUUGAGCGUGGCACUGGCACAUGUUCAGAUUUACAGUGUGCGGAAAUGAAAUCUUGCCGUGACUGUUCAAUGCUCCCUGGGUGUGGUUGGUGUGAUGAUGGGUCUGGGACUGGUUUGGGCAGGUGCAUGCCAGGGGGCAUGAAUGGAUCCUUUCCGGAUAGUGGAGAAGACUGUUUUAAGUCACACUGGAAUUUUAUAAACUGUCCAGCUUGUCAGUGUAAUGGCCAUAGCAAGUGCGUGGAAAGAAACCAAUGUGAAAAAUGCGAGGAUAAUACAGCUGGUGCCCACUGUGAACGAUGUGCCGAUGGGUAUUAUGGAGACCCUAGGAAUGGAGAGAAAUGUAAAGAACUGCGUGCGUUUCAUAAGUUCUGCUCCUAUUGUAGAUGUUCUUCCCAUGCUAAGUUGUGUGACUCUAAUGGCAAAUGCCAAUGUCUUGCCCUAGGCACUACCGAUGAAAAGUGUGAUAAGUGUGAAAAUGGUUACACUCGUAGAGCAUCAAGAGGCGGUCUCUGUUACUAUAUUCUUCAAUCUGGAGCUUGGAAAGAAUUCAAUGUAACAGGAUUCAAGAUCUUCAAUUUUCAGUAUACAACCAGACUUGAAAAGCGUACUGUUGACUUUGAGAUUAAAUGGAUGGAUAGCGGCAAAGGAUCAAAGGCGUGGUUGAACAUAACCACGUGCGAUAGUGAAAAGCCGGAAAAGGGAGAGAAAAUGAAGGACGUUCAUGAGCUGGUUCCCUUCCAGACUAAGUUUCCUUAUGAUGAGUAUGAGUUUGGUCGUGAUAAGGACUUUACUAUUAGAGGAUAUGUUUAUGACAUCGAGUCUGGUGAUGAAGGAGCCGUUCUUCGUAUUAAGAUCGAAAAUCAGGCGGAAACCAUUGAUCUCCUGGAAUUCUUUCUUACAUUUUUUGGCUGUUUUCUGUCGUUGCUUGUCGUGGCCGGAAUCGUGUGGAAAGUGAGGAAUCGCUACAUCUCUUACAUCCUGAAUAGGCAACGACGGAAGGAAAGACAAAAGAUGGCUAGCCGUCCAUUUGCUAAAGUUUCAGUUGUGCUUCAUAGUCAUAAUAAGUCCACCCCUGGACCUGUUGCUGUGGAAACCUGUGAAAACGGCAAAGCGUCCGUGCUCACAGUCCUUAUGAGGUUACCUGGGACUGAGGAUGGCUUAACUCCCAUUGGCCAAAGUGGUAUCUGUUUCGCGAGCGUGUUAGGGACCCACACCGAACAGACAACGAGUUCCUCGGCACCAAAGGCUACACGAAUAAGAACCACCAAGCGAUGUGCCUCGACGUGCGUAUAGUCCGAGAGUAAAGAUUGAAAAUUAGAUGGGCGUUAUUGUGCCUGCUACCUUCCAAGGACUUGAUAGGGAAACAAAGUGUCAAGUUAUAGCGUUUCAUAGCGCAACUUCGCUCGAACUGUAAAUGAGCGCGUUUAAAUGAUUGUUGAGCAAUCGUGUAACCACGGAUCGAGAACCCGCAAUUAUGUAUUUUCUCCCAAUUCUGUCAAGGUAACAACAUAUACAUAAUAUACUUGGAAUCUCAAACUUGAGCGCGAUGUAAACUGCUUUUGGUGUAUGCAUUGUAGAAAUGGUUGGACUAGGCCUCUCCUUAUCAUACAGAAAAUAUCAGGAUUCCAUUGCAUAAACUCUCUAGUUACUGCGCUGUGAUCGUACCUUCGACCUCGAUUUCUUUAGUUUCAUGGAUCGCAAAUUGGAAGAAGAAUUUGACAUUGAAGUUUUGAGUUUAUUAUUUUUAUAGAAGUUUAUAUUGAGUUUAAAAUUGUUUGUCACAGGUCAGGUGCUUUCCCUAUUGCUCACUAGUGUACAAUGAAAGCAUUGCGAACAGUAAACGCCUGCUGUGUAUUUAAGAAAAGUUUACGUAUGCUAGACUCUCCCGUCAGACUGUAAACUUAAGGAAGCUAAAGUGCAAGCGAAAAAUUAAGGCGUGUUACUUUUUUAUUCCAAGUUUUAUCAGAAGAAAUGGUGAGUUCUGUUCGGCGACUUCCAGGGAGUUCGGGUUGCAGUAAGAUACAUCUCAUUUUUUUAUUGAUAAAAAAAUUGGAAAUAUUAAUUUAUUUAUAAGUUUGUAAAUGUCAAUAGGUUUGUUUUAAAAAAAAAUAGAAAAAAAAUUAAGUUAAUAUUUUCAACGAAGUAAGACCUUGAAUCAAUUAAUUUAGAAUUGUUAGGAUUUUGUACAGAAGUGUAUAAAUAAAUGAAGUGGAAAGAA